AUGUGUGCCUGUAGACACCAAUUUGCUUUUCUAUCAUGGCUGUUGAUAGCAGGAUGGGUCCAGCUAAGUUGUAGCCACGCGCUAUACGCUUACACCACUGAACGGACAAUUCAAGUCGGUGCCCAAGAUCCUGUCACAGGAAAGAUUCAUUAUAGCAACUGCAACAGCAAAGAUACACCUAUCUUCCCACUUGACAAAGCUAACAUCCUGGACGCAAAAGAGACACCGCGAAAUGGUACUGCACUGGCAGCACAGGGCUGGUGGGACUUUGGCCAGGAAACCAUCAUUGCACAUGGUGCCAUCGUCAACGGAUACUAUACUUGCAAUAUGAAGACAGGGAAACUCGUUCGCAAUGGAGAGUAUCGCAUUUCAGAAACUGCAGAGGUCGGCUCUAUCCACAACAAAUCAGGUCUUGCGGUCGACCUUCUAGGAGCCGACAACGGGUAUCGUGUCUUCUAUCACAACGAACACAGCAAUGUCAUGAUGUUGCAUUAUACGCAGUUUACUGACUGGACAGAUGGUGGAUUCGUGUCACAGGACAACGCAACAGGAAUGGCGCUUGGAUCUGCUCACAUUGACAAGGAGAAUAUCACGGUCGCUUUUCCUAAAGGCUCCGAAGAUAUCGAGAUAUCUCGCUUGGAGAAGGCUGGGCAGUGGAGAUUAGACUCCUUUCCGACAAAGCUGGGAGGCACAUUCACAAAUGACUCUACAAGUAUCACCGCGGUCAGCCCCCAAGCAAGCCCAAUCUUUUCUUUGCCAGCUUGGAACUCUUCUUUAGAAGCCAUAGGCUCAGCGAUAGACCGAUCCCGAAAAAGAAGCAUCUUCUACAUUGGCACCGACAAGAACCUCCACGAAGUAGAAGCAAAGAAAGACACGUGGGAGGUAGCGUCGAACCAAACCAGCAAAGCUUGGCCUGUCGCUGAUGACCCUAAUUCUGGUCUGGCGGUAGCAUAUAACCAGCCCGACGGUAAAGUGUGGGUAUACUACUGGUCCAACGAGACAGUUGUACAGACAUACAGGAACUACGACGGAGACUGGGAAGAUGCAAAGGCUUUGCCCCAGGAAGAAUCACGUGAGACUGACAAGAGCAAACCGGUGGAGGAUGAGACCUCUAGUUCUUCGGGCUUAACCACAGGAGCAAAAGCUGGAAUAGGUGUUGGAGUUGGUGUCGGUGCUCUUCUUUUCGGUGUUCUAGCUUGGCUCUGGAUGAAGCGUCGCAACAAGAAGAAGGCCUCUGGCUCUGAAAUGGGAGCAAGCCCCACAGAUUCACACUUCACAGAGGUCAAGAAGGACGAUAAGGCUGUGGACCCGUCAGAGAUGGAUGGCCAUGGGCGGCCUGCUGAGUUGUACAACCAUCCUACGGUGUAUGAGCUGCAGGGCCAGCAUGUGAGAGAGUAA